AAAUGCUCUCAACAAUGUGCAUUUACGAACUGACCGAAUCAAACGAACUGGAGUGUUUUCAUUUUCAUGGUAUGAAAGUGUUAAAACAAUAGUUUGCACGGUGCGAAGUGCAUUUCGUUUUUGAACACCUUGGCCACACAAUUGAAAAUUUUGCGUUCUUCAUUCAAAGCGAUUUAAACGUUUUCGAAGGUGUUUGUUUUCGCCUACAUACGUACAGUCAUUUCGAAACAUUUCUUGUCUACUUUGAAGUAUGAGCAGCAUUCUUUUCUCAGACUGUUUAUGCUGUAUCUAAUAUUUAAAUAACUUGAAGUGAGGUUCUUUUUAGCAUUUAAGGAACUCCAACCUAGUAAAAAUGAUUUUUUGAUCAUUCUAGAAAGACAGAUCAGCCUAUUUUCUUCAAAACGAGACAUCGUCGUCAGUUUUAGUACGUAUUGUUCCGAAGAUACAUCCUUCUUUAUUUCUUGUGUAAACUACUGGCAACCAUUCAUAAUGUAUAGAAGUUUUUGUCGUCCUUAUCAACCAUUUCCAAAGAAGAAAUCAAUUCGAAGCCAGUGAAAAUCUUUGUUUUUGUUAUUCGUGUAAUUUGUGUAUCUAUAUGUUUGUUAAGAUAAUUAAUAUAUUUUUCUUUACCGUAUUUUUGUUUAAUAAUAACAAUAAAAAUGUUUGGUCAGCUUAUAAUCAAAAUUUAAAUUUUCCCUAUGAGAUAACAUUUAAUGAGCCAAUUGAUUAUCGAACAAUUAUUGAACCAUUUAUUCGAUUAAUUAUGGGUUAUACAACUGUAUCUAUCGAACCAAAAGAAUUUUAUUGGUUUGCCUGGGAUAUAACAAAAAAACCGUGUCGCCUCGUUAGUUUAAUAGAAGCUCAACAAUUUAAUAUUGGUGAUGGUGAAGGAAAUAAAUUAUAUCUAAAUCAUGUUGUAACACAGCCAAAAUAUGAACAUCAGAAAAUAGCUUCAACACUCUUAGAAAGAGUAGAACAAUAUGCAUGGACAAAUAAUUUUAAUGUUAUUGAAUUAUAUGCACCAGAUGAUAAACGUUUAUAUAGAAAAUACGGUUAUAAAUUAAAAAGUCAAACUGGUGAUCAAAUGUUUAAGAAAAAAUCCUAA